CCCGGUCUUCAUUUCAAGACAAAAAAUUCUUGGGUAGGACAUAUCCCGAUCGAAAGCGAUGUUGUGAAGAACGGCUCGUUAUUCUUUUGGAUGUGGGGUAAGGAUGACGUUAAUGCAGGUGAUGACUUGAUCAUUUGGAUAAAUGGUGGCCCGGGUUGCAGUUCCAUGUUUGGGAUGGUUCAUGAAAAUGGACCUUUCAAGCUACAAGAAAAAGGAAGUGAAACAACGAAGCCGAGUGAUUAUUCUUGGACAAAAGUCUCCAACAUUGUUUAUGUUGAUCAACCUGCUCAUGUUGGUUUUUCACAAGGCAGAACGUAUUUCACAAAUGAGACGCAGAUUGGAAAAGAAUUUGCAAGCUUCCUAGAUAACUUUUAUGAAAUCUUUCCAGAACUUAAACCUAAAAGGCUUUGGAUCACCGGGGAAUCGUAUGCUGGAAUCUAUUUAAGUUAUACAUUGCAUGAGCUCCAAGCCAGGAAUCAAUCUCAACUGCAAGGAACUUUAAUCGUUGACGGAGUCAUCACCGAUCAGUCCAUGCUCGAGCCUCCAGUGUACCCUUUUGUUGUGAAACAUCAAGUCGCUCUCAAUUUCUCAGCAGAAGAUGUACAAGAUGUUAAGGAUGAAGCGGCUCGUUGCAAUCUUACUGAUUACGUUGAACGUAAUUUGCAUUAUCCUCCUAAAGGUCCUUUGCCAGAAUUCGAUCAAUCAUGCUCGCCUUACACAAUGAUGGCAGCUCGUGCUUCAGAUCGAAACACAAUCUUCAAUGUCUAUAACGUCGAAAAGCCCGAUAUUUGGGACGGUGAUUAUACUGAUUAUACGGAUAAGUUCUUCAAUAAUGGAGAAUUGCAAGACUACAUCAAUAUUCCGCGUAAAAGAUGGGAUGAAUGCAACUACGUCUUUUUGCAUGAUGAUCAAAGUCCUCCUCCGGACAGUAUUCCUGAUAAAAGGCACAGCAUGCUGGCCCAAGUAAUUGAAAACAGCAAAAAGUUUAUGCUGAUCAGCGGUAAUCUGGAUGCAAGGGUGAUGACAAAUAUGACUGCUUUGGCAUUGCAAAAUAUGACUUGGGCAGGUUCAACAGGCUUCUCGAAGGCUCCUGGGACACCUUUAUACGACAUUGAUGGCAAAGAGGCUGGCGCCUUUGUUGAGGAACGCGGCUUGAUCUUUGCAGAAAUAUUUGAAUCAGGUCAUAUGGUGCCCAAAGACAACCCUCCAGCAGGCUUUGCGGCCGUGAAGCACUUGUUGGGCCAGAAGGAUUGGUCGAAGAAAUGA